AUUUUCUAGAGUAGUAAACACAAGUGCCAAUUGGCAGAUUUGUUCUUGCGGCGAGAAAACAAAACGUCUCUUGUAUCAGUGUCGGCCAAGUGAAAAUUCUGAAGUUAAGUUGAAAAAUUGGUAAUUAAUCCUUGCGUUCGUGCAGAAUGGUGGACUACAGCAAAUGGAAGGACAUCGAGAUUUCAGACGAUGAAGACGAGACCCAUCCCAACAUCGAUACUCCAUCAUUAUUUCGAUGGCGUCACCAAGCGCGAGUCGAGCGUAUGGAACAAUUUGAGAAAGAACGGCAGGAAUUUGAGAAGCAAAAGCAAACAAAUACGACUAAGAUGAAAGAAAUUAAAGAAAAGCUAAAAAGUGGAGACGGUGAUGCCGAAGAAUUGCAGAAAGCUCUAAAAAACUUGGAAAUCGAGGCGAAAAAACUGCAAGACGAGGAAGACGAGUUCCGCAAAAAAGAGAAGAAAACGCCUUGGAAUGUGGAUACAAUCAGCAAACCAGGUUUCGAGAAAACACUGCUGAACAAGCCUGCUCCACGGUCUGCUGAAACCUUAUCCGAAGAGGAGCGAGAGAAGCGUUCGAAGAAAUUUAUGAAGGACAACGAGGCCCUGUUGAAACAAUUUGGAAUGCUGCGGAAGUACGACGAUUCCAAGCGUUUUCUCAUGGAACACAAUCACUUAGUGUGCGAGGAUACCGCAAAUUACUUGGUUAUCUGGUGCAUAAACCUCGAAAUGGAGAAAAAGCAUGAAUUGAUGUCGCAUGUUGCUCACCAAUGUAUUUGUAUGCAAUAUAUCCUGGAACUGUCGAAACAACUAGACGUAGAUCCCCGUGCCUGUGUUAGUUCAUUUUUCGCGAAAAUUCAGAAUGCCGUUGUCGAAUACAAGGAUCAGUUCGAUAACGAAAUACAAGAAUUUAAAAAGCGAAUCGAACGACGUGCGGAAGAGAAGCUCCAAGAAGCCAUAGCCGAACAAGAGGAGGAAGAACGGAAAGCCCGGCUGGGACCUGGCGGAUUAGAUCCGGUCGAAGUCUUCGAAACUUUGCCAGAAGAGCUGAAAAAGUGCUUCGAAAGUCGCGAUAUUCAAAUGUUACAGGAAGCCAUCACGAAACUUCCAGAGGAAGAGGCACGGUAUCAUAUGAAACGCUGCGUCGAUUCCGGUUUAUGGGUGCCAGAUGCGAACGCAAAGUCAAACGUAGAAACUGAAGAUGGGGCAGAAGAGAAAGCCGAUAAUCGGGGGGACUUCAAAGCGGAAACAGCUGCCAAAAUAGAAGAUGUGGACUAGAAAGCUACACGAGAAUAUGAUCGUUUAUUGCGUCUGGCACAUCUUCCGCCGUAGAACGCAUGUGGCACUCAUCAAGUCAUUUUCAUUAUUCAUCUUUUGACAAAGAUUCAAUCAUGCGUUUUUGUACAUAUGCACACGUUGUAUACUUUAAUGCAGUCUAAACAAAGUUUCAAUUAUAAUA